AAACAAAGAUGUCUAAAAUAUUCACUCCUACCAACCAAAUCAGAUUAACAAAUGUAGCAGUAGUUCGAAUGAAAAAAGGAGGCAAGAGAUUUGAAAUAGCAUGUUAUAGGAAUAAAGUUGUAUCUUGGAGAAAUAACAUAGAAACUGAUAUUGAUGAGGUGCUGCAGACGCAUACUGUGUUUACAAAUGUAUCAAAGGGUCAGGUAGCUAAAAAGGAAGAUCUUAUUAAAGCUUUUGGGAAGGAUGAUCAAACAGAUGUCUGUAAGGAAAUUCUAACAAAGGGUGAGCUUCAGGUAUCUGACAAGGAAAGGCAGUCACAAUUUGAAUUGCUAUUCAAGGACAUUGCGACAACAGUUGCAGACAAGUGUGUAAAUCCUGAAACAAAGAGACCUUAUCCUGUGUCUAUGAUUGAAAAGGCUAUGAAGGAUGCCCAUAUUUCUGUGAAACCAAACAGAAUACCUCUGAUGCAGGCACUGGAUGUAAUACCAUUAUUGAAAGCAACCAUGCCAUUGGAGCGAGCCCAGAUGAAAAUACGUGCAGUGCUGUCAGGAAGAGACGCUCGCAAACUUCGGGAUAAGGUUGCAAAACUAGCCACCAGCCUUGAAAGUGAAGACUGGGAUGGUGGAAAGCUAAAUCUGGUUUGUUUGAUAGACCCUGGCCAUUACCGAGAAGUAGAUGAAAUUGUGCGUUCUGAAACCAAAGGACAUGGACUCUUGGAACUGAUGAGCCUUAAAGAAGUAACUGAAGGUGAAGAGUUACUGGAAUGACAAAUAGUAGAAUAUGUUACUUUCAACAGUAAUUAAUUGUAAUAUAAGUUCUUGGCAACAUGGAUAUUAUUUUGCACAGUGAAUAAAUACUGUACAUGUACUGACAAUAUCUGUCUGUCUGUUUACAUAAUUUUUAACAAAUACAACAAAUGGUCUAUGACUAUAAAACUUGGUCACUUAAAAAAUAAUAUAUACACAAAAAGAUAAUGGAAGUUGUUACUACAUCAGUCACUAGAUUUGCUACAUGUCACAAGAAAUAGCAAUUCUUAUCUUUUUGAGAGGAGCUCUACAUCAGGUCUUGGUAUAUAGAUAGAUUCAUUUUUCUUAUCAAUCUUGCAUGCAUAUCUUGAUAUCGUCAACAAGAAAUCUGACAGCCUGCAAUGGUAAGACAUGUAAUACAUGAAAUUAUAAACAUCCUAACUUAAUUUCAAACGCACACAAACAUAUAUACAUGGCAUAGGAGUUGGCAGCCCUUUCAUUAGCAGAGACCACAAUGGCAGUUCAUAUCUUUGUCGAGGGCCACAUAAAUAAAUUAAUAAUGUUGUGGGCGGUAAGCAAAACUGUAUUUCUUUAACUUAAAAACUAUAGCUCGUGUUCACUUUAAAACACGUAACAACUUUAUUUUUCCAUACGACUUUGUUUACUGUUGCAAAGACGUGUUUCUUAGCUUUCAGGCAUUUCUGAUUUCAAGCCACUGUUAAUUUUCUAAAACUUCAUCAUUAACGCCACAGUAAUUUUCAUAUAAUUUUGUUCAGUUUCGCAUGGUCGAACAAUGCACCUUUUUUGUAAUAAAAGGCCUACAUCUACAA